GCUAUAUAUAACCGAAAGCUACCAUCGGAUUCCCUAGCCCAGAUACCGAAGUUCGCUAGUAGAGAGAGAUUGAGUGUGGUUGGUUGUCUCAUGUCUCUCUGACACCAACGGCACGCCUAUAACUCGCAAAAAUCGAAAGAAAGCCCACCGGAAAAGCCCCAACAAUGUGUUCAAACCAGUGAUAACCGCCCGUCUCAAAAACAGACUUCAAAAAAUCGCAACUUUACCGGUUUUAUUUUGUGUGAAAAACGUAUCCGUGUCGUGACAAACAUUUUAGUGGUGUUUUAUUGAUUAUUUUGAUAAAGACUCCAAGAUGGCUCAUCUCGUGACCAGCGUCAUCGACAAAUACGAGGACAUUCUAGAAAACAAAAGUGACCCGAGGGUCAAAGGAUGGGCCAUGAUGUCUAGUCCCAUGCCAACGCUGUGCAUUUGCCUAUUUUAUGCGUACUUUUCGACGGUUCUAGGACCCCGGAUUAUGGAAAAUAGGAAACCGUUUAAUUUAAGAAAGACUUUAAUUUUUUAUAAUUUAUUUCAAACUCUCUUCAGCGCGUGGAUAUUUUACGAGUACUUGAUGAGCGGCUGGUGGGGGAGCUACAGCUUCAGGUGCCAACCUGUCGACUACUCAAACAGCCCCAUGGCGCUCAGGAUGGCGCGGACCUGCUGGUGGUACUACUUUUCGAAGUUCACCGAAUUUUUCGACACUCUAUUUUUCAUUUUGCGGAAGAAAAAUAGCCACGUGUCUACUCUCCAUGUCAUCCACCACGGCUGCAUGCCGUUUUCGGUCUGGAUGGGGAUGAAAUUCGCGCCAGGUGGCCACAGCACGUUCUUCGCCUUGCUCAACACAUUCGUGCACAUCAUCAUGUAUUUCUACUACAUGGUGGCGGCCAUGGGGCCCCAGUACCAGAAAUACAUCUGGUGGAAGAAAUACCUGACCACGUUCCAGAUGGUGCAGUUUGUGGCGAUUUUCACCCACCAGUUCCAGCUGCUCUUCACCGAGUGCAAUUACCCGAAGAGCUUCAUGAUUUGGAUCGCUUUGCACGGUGUCAUGUUCUUAUUCCUGUUCUCCGAUUUUUACAAAGUUAGGUACACCAACAACAAGGCUGUGAAGAGCAAUAGCGGCGCUUGCAUGCCGGUCCUCGAGGAUGAGAAGCAGCAAAACGGAACGGUUACGAAGUCCGACAGUAACGGCACUCUUAACAACACUUACAUCAAAAGCGAGUAUUCCGAUUCGUACAAAGCUUGCUACUCGAACGGCAGCACAAACGGCUUUGUGAGCCAAACCGUAAUAGAGCGCAACUCGAAGAAGAUCAACUAGGUUUUAAUUUCAGUGGGUACAAAAGGACUCGACUUUUGUUUAAUUGUAGACUUAUUUAUUAGAUAGUGUACGAUUUGUUGUCAAAAUUUCGUAUCUCAGGGCGAAAUAAUUGGUUUCUUUUUACUUGAUGUAUUAUAUAAGUUUUUACGGCUGCAGGGACCAUUUUCAUUGCGUCAAGUCGCUUGAUUUUUUCAUUUCAUCAGCCAUUAGUGCCUGAAUUUUUACCACGUUUCUUAGCUUUAGCUUAUUGUUAAAGUUUUGCACUUUGAAUCGUUGCCGGUUGUUCGUACUUAAGAAUGUUUUAUUACGUUUUCGUAUAAUUUAUCGGAUGUUUUUUAUUCAGGGAGUUGCACUCUGCUGCGUAAAUUCGGCGGCUCUCUACGUCUUUUCAGAUAAGUAAGUGUAAUGGAAGCUGUAUCACUGUAAUUAAUGUCGUUUUAUUAUCAUUGUAUAUAAUACAUACUACGCGUUUCUUUAGAUUUAAAGUUGUAUAGUAUUUUUGUAUAUACUUAUGAAUCUUGAGAAAUAAAGUGGAAACCUGCGUUUUGCAAA